AGGCACAGCGGAGGGCAGGGACAACCCUCGGGCAGAAGACGGCAGAAAUAAAGCCAGCGAGGCCUCGCCACCUGGCCCGUCCGGCCACCGACAUUGCUGGCUCUCCAAUGCAUCCUGGCCAGUCCUCCUCCUGCCGUGCUCCUGCCAGCAGCCUAUGAUGAAAAGACGAAAACCAAACGCUCCUUUCAACUGUCUUCCGCACCGAUGCUGCCUCUAGUGCAACCGCACCAGAUGGUGCAGUCGCCCUCAUCCUACGACACGAACCAUUCCUUCCAACAACGACAACAUCAACAACAACAUCAACAACAACAACAACAGCAACAACAACAGCAACAACAACAGCAACAACAACAACAGCAACAACAACAGCAACAACAACAACAACAGCAACAGCAACAGCAACAGCAACAACAAGAGCACCAGCAGUACCAGUACCAAACCCAGAACCAGUACCAGCACCACCAUCGACAGCGACAGCAACAACAGCAGUCCUUCCCUUAUCAUGAUCUACGUGCUCCGAAGCAUGUCCUUCUCUCACCCCAUCGCGCCUUUCCCAUCCGCGCGUCCCAGCCGCCGUAUUCAGCUCACCUGUCACAAGGCCAUGGCCAGAAGGAGAAUUAUCUUAGGCGGAAGACGCCCAAUGGUAUUAUAGAUGCUGCGUAUGACGGGACACACUCGCAGUUCGCCUCCGGACCACCGCCCUUGAAGCAUAUGAUCCUCUCUGGUGCUGCCAGCCUUUCGUCCACCCCAGCUGCGGCAACGAAUUACGAGUAUGCUGGAUACGCACAAUCCAGCUGGGCCCCGCGUAUGCCAUCGACAGUGGAUCAAUCCGAGCCCAGAGGUUUCAAUACCUCCGAUAUGGCUAUGUUUUCCCAGAACGCAGGUUGGCACCAAGGUAUCGAGCGUGGGCCCCGGCCUGGCAUGGCCCUAGACUGCGCGCCGAACGCACCUUCGACUGCUUACUACCCAUACAACACCAGUUUCCGUGUCCCGACAGUCAAUCAACCAACUUACCAGCAGUCGCCAGGCCCAACCAUUUUCAACAACGGCGGACUUGCACCUCCACCGGCAUGGCCAGACAUGCAAUCAAACAGGCUGGAGCCUACUGCCUUCGGCUUUGCUUCCUUUCAGCCUUCGAAUGGGCAAGCAUUGCACAAUCAAGCGCCUUGGACACUGCCCUUUGGAAGUGAUGUUCGGCCUGGAAAUCUACAAGGCUCAGCACAAAGACUCGAAUCAUUGAGUCUGGACACGGGCGGCUAUAGCCACAGCGGAGCACACCUGUCGGACACAUCGUCCCCCGCCAGGUUCCGGGAGAAGGCUUUGGCGAACGCCCAUCGCACAUAUGUGGAUCUGCUUGCCUUCUUGCACUCGAGCAAGAAAUCAGCAGCAGGCCGCUUGUCCAGCGGUUCCAAGACGUCUUCCAAGAUGGUCAUCUAUCCCAAGGUCCCAAAUCCGCCUGCAACGGCGACCUUUGGUUUUGGACGUCGCCAGUCUGUCGGUUAUGCCAACCCCUCGGGAUCUUCAGUUUCGUAUCUGGCUGAACACUCAAAUAUAACCGUGUCUUCACCUGUUGGCAGACAAAUACAAAGAGGCAUUGAUGGGGCCAACUCGGCAUACCUCCAUCUUUGGACUGAGAGCUCACGCUACCAUGCACACGAUGUGCCCCGCCCGGUGGUAGUGACUUCACCUGUCCAAAACGCCAAGUCAGCUGCCGAUGUGCUGCAUCAUUUGUGUGAACAAAGUGACUGGAAGUGGGUUGACGGUAUGCUCCUGGGCGGCUGUUUAUACUACGGCCUCGAAAAGUAUGAAGAAGCUCUGGAGUGGUUUAAACGGAUCCUGGUCAUCGAUAAUACCCAUGUCGAAGCGUUGUGCAAUAAGGGUGCCACGCUUUAUUGUCUACAGCGCAAUAGUGAGGCAGAAGUACAUUGGCUCGAGGCUGUAAAGCAGAAACCGAGCUAUCUGGAUGCCGUUGAACAUCUGGUCGGCCUUCUUUGCUCUGCUCAGCGUAGCCAAGACGCUGUCCGAAUCAUCGAUUCUGUGCAACGUGCACUACGUCUGCGCGAGGCCCACAGCACGGAUGAGCAUUCGCAAUUUCUGGGCAGGGAAGCAUUCGGAGAGUACUCUUCACGGUCGGAUCGAGAGCUGGCUGUGGAUCAAGGCUUUUUCGAUGAAAGUGCCUCGGGGAGGUUGCUUCUGCCUGGAUAUGGCUCCAGUGGUUACCAAAUUGCUGGCAACGAGAAUGGACGGAUGAUUGCUUUGGUCCAUGCCAAAGGUAACAUGCUGUAUGCACUGAAAGAGAUCGACCAAGCAUCAGAGGCCUUCGAGGAGGCUGUUUUGAUCAGUGCGGGCAGAGGGGUCAAGUGCAUACGAUCUUUGAUCGACAGAGUUCAAUAUGUCCUGUCGCCGCCUACUCCCUACAGAAUUGCUGGUCAGGAAUCUUGGAUGGGCACUUCUGGACCGUUGUUACUCCCACCAGAAAAAGCCAGGCACACUGCAAAAUUGGUUUUCACUAAUCAUGGCGAACUCCCUGGUCUUCGGUUUGUGCCGAGAGGGAUUUCAAGAAAGUCUGCCAUAUCCACCACAAGCAAUGCUCUGCUUUCACUCGCCAAGAUCUUUCAGGAUGGGAUGUCUCAUAGUGCGACUAAUCGAAACCUUUUCAGGCAAAAUUCCGGUGUUGGCGAUAUCUUAGCCCUUUACUAUCUCUCCCUCUCCUUGUCGGAGAGCCCCUCGACCGCCAAUAACGUCGGCAUACUCCUCGCGAGCGUUCAGCAGUCAAGUGUCACACAACCCCAACCGGCGGCAGAAAGCUCAACGAAUCACUUCAUCCCCGGAAUAGUCCCAGGGAGUGGCCUAGACCUAGCACUGGCAUACUACAAAUAUGGUCUAGGCCUUGAUCCCAAACAUGUGCAUCUCCAUACUAACCUUGGCAGCUUGCUAAAGGAUGUCGGUCAGCUUGAUCUUGCUAUUUCAAUGUAUGAACAAGCUGUUGCAUGCGAUGGCACAUUUGAUAUUGCACUAACAAAUCUCGCCAAUGCUGUCAAGGACCGCGGCCGGAUCAAUGACGCCGUCAUGUAUUACAAGCGGGCUGUGCAGGCGAACCCACAUUUCGCCGAAGCUGUUUGUGGUUUGUCUACGGCAUUGAACUCAGUGUGCGAUUGGCGGGAUCGUGGUGGUGUCAUAUCACCAGGACUCAGGUACGAUCGUUGGCACGUCGACGAGAAUGGCAUGCUUCAAGACGCCAGAAACCGCGGCAAGAGCUCUGGUCUCAUCAGUCGAGUGGCUGAGAUUGUCGCUAAGCAGCUGGCAGACUCCUCACACUGGGGAACCGGCGUUCUAGGAAAUGGCGUACUCGAAAGUGUAAUCAUACAACUGCAGGCUGCUGGCGCCCAUCGCACAGAUCAGGGACUCAAUCUCGAGGUGGAAGGUCGCCGCUGGAUGGGCCGUCCUUGGGAGGGAUCACGGGUUCUACGACUCAUAGAGCGCUCCAUCAAAAGCGCAACACGUUUGUGGUAUCUGGAUAAGUAUGUGAACGGCCGUAUACUGGAGAGUGGCUAUCACAGGCCACGACUCCCAGCGUCACUUGCAGUCCCAUCAGCACCGACUGUGCUCCCGUUUCACACAUUCACCUGUCCGCUAUCGGCCAAAGACAUCCGUAGGAUUUCUCAACGGAAUGCCCUGCGUAUAUCCUGUUCCACGUUGCGAUCUCCCUGGCUUCCAAACACAGUCUUUCCACCUCCCCCUCCCCCUCGGCCACACCUGAAUAUCGGUUACGUCUCUUCGGAUUUCAACAACCAUCCAUUAGCUCACUUAAUGCAGUCUGUCUUCGGUAUGCAUGAUAUCUCACGUGCGAAGGCAUUCUGCUACGCGACAACUGCUAGUGACAGGUCCACGCAUCGAGAACAGAUUGAGCAUGAAGCCCCUGUAUUUCAUGAUGCAAGCAACUGGUCUACAGAACGGUUGGUGGGUCAGAUUGUGCAAGAUGAAAUUCACAUCCUGGUCAACCUCAACGGUUAUACGCGCGGUGCUCGCAAUGAGAUCUUUGCUGCACGACCGGCGCCCAUCCAGAUGUCCUUCAUGGGUUUUGCAGGCACGCUUGGUGCUGAGUGGUGCGACUACUUACUGGCAGACCAAACAGCUGUCCCACUCUCAACUUUACGACCUGUCAGAAACAACAUUAGUCUCGAGGAUGUAUUCCGUGACGAAGAUUCGGCGGAUGAAGAGGACUGGAUGUACUCCGAGAACAUUAUUUUCUGUCGAGAGACAUUUUUCUGCUGCGACCACGCGCAAUCCAGCGGAUCAGAGGAAAGAGACGUUAGUUGGGAAGACGAACAAGCACGCAGGUGGAAGAUGCGGAAGGAAUUGUUCCCUAAUCUUCCCAAUGACACUAUUAUUCUGGGCAACUUCAAUCAGCUUUACAAGAUCGACCCGUCAACAUUUAGAUCAUGGCUACGAAUUCUUUCCAACGUUCCCAAGGCAGUACUCUGGCUCCUUCGAUUUCCGGAACUUGGCGAGAGCAAUCUUCGAAGGACUGCCAAGCUAUGGGCUAGCGAUGAGGUCGCUUCGCGAAUCAUUUUCACGGAUGUAGCUCCUAAACAACAACAUAUCGCCAGGGCUCGGGUCUGCGACUUAUUCUUGGAUACGCCGGAAUGCAAUGCACACACAACGGCGGCUGAUUGUUUAUGGUCGAGCACCCCGUUGCUGACUUUGCCGAGAUACCCAUACAAGAUGUGUUCACGAAUGGCAGCGUCUAUUUUGAAAGGCGCUCUUCCCAAGAAUGUUGAUGGUUUAAGGGCAGCAGGGGACCUUAUAGCCAAGGACGAAGACGAUUACGAAGUUCUAGCUACGAAACUGGCUAGCGGCUUGAGUUACAAGAUGACCAACCCUCGAUACGGGGAGGGUCGAGGUAGACUUGCUGAGUUGCGCAAAGUCUUGUUUGAUGCGAAAUGGACCUGUGCACUAUUUGAUACACGAAGAUGGGUGCGUGACUUGGAGGACGCCUACGAAGAGGCCUGGCGUCGUUGGGUCUCCGGCGAAGGAGGGGAUAUACACCUAGCGGCCCUUUGAGCUGUUGGUAUUUUCGGGAAGCGCAACUUGAUGUUUCGUGUGAGGGAGGCACAGGCAAAGCAAGCAAAGGCGUUCGGGCGUUCGAAU